AAAAUCGCCCAAGUCUUUGCUUUUCUGGCACCCUUUUCGUCAGUUGUCCAGCUUUGAUCGAAGACCGGAAGACCCACAAUCUGAGAACACUGUUUCAUAAAGGAAAUCAAAAAAUUGUAAACCUCUUUGUUAGGGUUUUAGCGUAAUUAAAUCACUUCAUAGGUGUUUGAAUCGGGGUAACCAUUUUGAGCGCUUCUCUUGUGGGUAAUUAUUAAAAUCAGUAAGGCGAGAUGGAAGUACUUAGGUAACUCAUAUUGGCCCCCACAGGUAUAUAAUGGCAGUGGGACUUGGUAUCAGGCCUGAUGAUGGCUUAAAUAGGGCCUCUAUUUACCACAUCCUUUUUUUCUUGUGGCUGGCGCUUAGUUUGUUGUUAUGAAAAAGUGGAAGCCCAGAGGUAGAACUCAGCUUGGCCCACAGUAGACAGAAUUUUAAUUGAAUGUAUUCCCGUCGCCUUUUGGUUUCCAAUCUUUUAUUUGACCCCUGUUAAUUAAUCAUUGCAAUAGUUUCCCAAAUUCUCUUUGAUUUCAUCGACAGCGUGUACCAGUUCUUAUUAGUUUUGCUUGCAUUCCAACUCUUGCUUUGUUGGUUCCAAGCCACCGCCAUAAUAUGCUCCACCUGCUGCAGUCUCGGAGGGCAGUGCCAUCUAUACAGAAGUACAAUCCAGUUUUCAUCCAAAAGAAUUAGUCCUGCCUGUCAAAUAGUUGCAGUCCUGAUCAAAGCACAGGAUGAUGUUCAGAACAUAACUUUAUCCGGGCCUAAAUAGGUAACCACAAGUUGGAUUUUCCUGUUUAUCGGAGAGCUUUUCAUUUUCUCAACAGCCAAGAUGAUUUCUAUGUCUGAAUCCCAUCCGAAGCAAUACCCAUCUUCCCAAGCUCAUUUCAAGUCAUAUCUUGGUUCCCUUUCCAACAGCCUUCCUAACAUGCAGUCCAGGGUGAGAAGGAACGAGAUGGAUAAGCUGCAGAGGCCUGCACCCAGAUCCAUGAGAACCUUCCGUUCAAAGCUAUUUUCUAGAGAUGAAGUUAGUUGCAGUAUGUCAAGUGGACCGUUGGAUAGUUCAACAGAGCAAUCUUUUAGCAUGGAGGAGAAAAGAACAAUGGAGAAGCCCGUCGGUGGUAUAAUGAAAAACAGUUGUGAUAAUGACGAUGAUGAGGAGGAUGAAUUGGAGUGGGAAGGGAGUGAUGUAAUGGGAGUGGAGACCAAUUCUUUUGAUUAUUCUCAAGCUUUUAGUGAUUUUUCUGCUUAUAGCAGUGAUAUAUCAGGGGAGUUGCUCAGAUUGGCAACUGCAACAUCAUCACCCGCCUGUAAGAAUAGUACUGGUGUUCAGAAGGAGCCUGCAUCUCAGGCACAAUGGAUGGGCAGACUAGUCAAGUCAAGGCAUUUAGGAGAGGAACAGAUGCAGGGAAAUCCACAUACAUCAUCACCCACAGCAAGAACAGAGGCCAUUAAUGAAUUCCUUGAGCCUGAAAAGCUAGAAGUAGUUGUCAAGGCUUUGGUUGAGGAUUUGGACGCUGGUAAUUCAAUCGAAUCACAGAGAAAUGCAGCUGCAGAAUUGAGGCUUUUAGCCAAGAAUAAGACGGAGAACAGGGUCAUGAUAGCGAGGGCAGGAGCCAUAAAACCUUUGGUAUUUUUGCUUCAUUCCCCAGACCCCCAGACUCAAGAAAACACAGUGACUGCCCUUUUGAAUCUCUCUCUGUGUGACAGUAACAAGACAGAAAUUACCUCUGCUGGGGCAAUCAAACCUCUAAUAUAUGUGCUGAAGACAGGAACUUCAGUAGCCAAGCAGAAUGCAGCAUGUGCCCUCUUGUGUCUCUCCCUAAUAGACGAGAACAAGAUUUCAAUAGGUGCUUCAGGGGCAAUCCCACCCUUGGUGUCUCUUCUUAUCAGUGGAUCAUCUAGGGGCAAAAAGGAUGCAGCAACGACUCUAUAUACUCUAUCAUCUGUGCAUCAGAACAAGGACAAGGCUAUAAGGGCAGGGGCAAUCAAACCACUUGUUGAACUCAUGGCCGAUCCUUCCUCUGGUAUGGUGGAUAAGGCUGUUGUUGUUUUAAGUAAUCUGGCUAGUGUCCCAGACGGGAAAAACGCCAUUGUUGAAGCGGGGGGCAUACCAGUCCUGGUAGAGAUACUAGAGGGUGGGUCUAAAAAGGGUAAAGAGUUUGCCACUGCAACACUUUUGCAUAUCUGUGUAGAUAGUUACCUGUAUCGCACAUUGGUCUCAAGAGAAGGGGCAAUACCUCCACUCGUGGAACUAUCACAGUCAGGCACUACUAGAGCCAAACAUAAGGCUUCAGCUCUUCUUCAGUACUUGAGGGAGCCAAGACAGGGGAGUCUUCGUGAGCAGCAAUCAGAGUGCUCAACAUCAUAAGCAAAUUUCCACAAGCUAAUGUCCUGCCUAGGAAGGAAUACAAAUUGUAGUCUGUAUGAUUGAGCCUGUAAAUACGAACAGUAUAGUGUAACGUACAUCAGUCUCGCAGACCUUAAUAUAUUUUGUUUAUACAUGUUGAACCUCUCGAAGGACACUGUGUUUGUAUAAACAGUUGGUAUAGUCAGAAAUGGCAUGUUUCUCUUGCCUGUUCAUGAUGUCCUUCAGAGUGAGCUUGUAGAUGUAGAGUUAUAGCAGUCUGCGGAAGCAUUCCUUUCCUUACUAUUGUACAGAGGGGUAGGCAAUAUAUGAUUUUGGAAGUGCAGGAUUUCCUUAUAAGUUUUAAUCAUAUGAUUGUAAUGAAAAAUCUUGGGGCAAAAUGAAAAUAUAUGUGAAAUUAUUAUCA